UGCUCCAAGGGGAAGGCAAUGCAGUGUGGUACCACGACUGUCAUCGUGCAUCUUUCCUCACUCGGCUUGUGUUCAGCCCGAGCCGCGCGCAGGCAGAAGCAGCAUCCCUCAUUAAUUGGACCUCCACGGCACGCGCAUCCUGCAGGAAAAAUCCUCGACGCCGGAUUUUUUUUGAAACGACAGCCAAAGCGACCUUUGAAAAACAGACUUGGCUGAUCGACACUGUCCGAAGAACCGCAGCCAGACGCCAGGCGAAACUGCACUGCCUGAGGAACUGAGCCAGUUUUUGGGGUCCCCUCCCCCCCCUGAACCCAAGCCGCCACAGCCCCUUAAGGUGUAGCCCCUCCCCCCCCUUCCAACUCGAAGCAAAGCUCCUCCCCCGGCCCCGCCCCCUCUUCCAAAAUGGAGGACGGCUACCGAGACCGGACGGCGUUCAUAAAGGGCGCCAAAGACAUCGCCAAGGAGGUGAAGCGGCAGGCCGCCAAGAAGGUGGGGAAGGGCGUGGACAAGGUGACGGACGAGUACAGCAAGCGCUCCUACACCCGCUUCGAGGAGGACGACGACGACGACUACCCGGCGCCGCCGGGCCAGGACGGCGGCUACUACCGCGGCGACGAGGCGGCGCACAGCGACUCCACCGAGGGCCACGACGAGGACGACGAGAUCUACGAGGGCGAGUACCAGGGCAUCCCGCGCGCCGACUCGGGCAAGGCCGACGGGGAGCCGGGGCUGGAGGCGGGGCUGGGGGCGGGGCCGGGCGGGGCCCAGUUCCGGGACUUCGGCGACUCGGCGGGCGAGCGGAGGAAGGACCAGGAGGAGCUGGCGCAGCAGUACGAGACCAUCCUGCAGGAGUGCGGCCACGGGCGCUUCCAGUGGAGCCUCUACUUCGUGCUGGGCCUGGCGCUCAUGGCCGACGGCGUGGAGAUCUUCGUGGUGGGCUUCGUCCUGCCCAGCGCCGAGAAGGACAUGUGCCUCUCCGAACCCAACAAAGGCAUGCUGGGUCUCAUCGUGUACCUGGGGAUGAUGGUGGGGGCGUUUCUCUGGGGGGGGCUGGCCGACCGGAUCGGCCGACGGCAGUGCCUGCUCAUCUCCCUGUCCAUCAACAGCGUCUUCGCCUUUUUCUCCUCCUUCGUGCAGGGAUACAGCACCUUCCUCUUCUGCCGCCUGCUCUCCGGCGUCGGUAUUGGGGGCUCCAUCCCCAUAGUCUUCUCCUACUACUCUGAGUUCCUGGCCCAGGAGAAACGGGGGGAGCACCUCAGCUGGCUCUGCAUGUUCUGGAUGAUUGGCGGCAUCUACGCCGCGGCCAUGGCCUGGGCCAUUAUCCCCCAUUACGGCUGGAGUUUCCAGAUGGGCUCGGCCUACCAGUUCCACAGCUGGAGGGUGUUUGUGCUGGUGUGCGCUUUCCCCUCUGUGGCGGCCAUUGCGGCUCUGAACACCAUGCCCGAGAGCCCCCGCUUCUACCUGGAGAACGGGAAGCACGAUGAGGGCUGGAUGAUCCUGAAGCAGGUCCACGACACCAAUAUGAGGGCCAAGGGCUGCCCUGAGAGAGUCUUCUCUGUCACCACCAUUAAGACGGUAAAGCAGAUGGACGAGCUGGUGGACAUGGGCGGGGACACGGCAGCCUGGCACCAGCGCUGGAAGAUGAAGCUGGUCAGCCUGUUUAAGCAGGUGAAGAGUAACUUCCUGGCCUGCUUCUCCCCCGAGUACCGGCGCACCACCCUGAUGAUGAUGGCCGUGUGGUUCACCAUGUCCUUCAGUUACUACGGGCUGACGGUGUGGUUCCCGGACAUGAUUAAGUACCUGCAGAAGCAGGAGUAUGCCUCGCGCACCAAGGUCUUCAGCAAGGAGCGAGUGGAGCACGUCACCUUCAACUUCACCCUGGAGAACCAGGUGCACCGCAACGGCCAGUACUUCAAUGACAAGUUCAUUAAUCUGAAGAUGAAGUCCAUGGUGUUUGAGGACUCUGUGUUCGAGGAGUGCUACUUUGAGGACAUCACCACCAGCAACACCUUCUUCAGGAACUGCACCUUCAUCUCGACUCUCUUCUACAACACAGAUCUCUUUAAGUACAGGUUCGUUAACAGCAAGCUGAUAAACAGCACGUUCCUGCACAACAAAGAGGGCUGCAUGCUGGACUUCAGCGACGACAACAACGCCUACAUGAUCUACUUCGUCAGCUUCCUGGGCACCCUGGCCGUGUUGCCCGGCAACAUCGUCUCCGCCCUGCUCAUGGACAAGAUAGGACGCCUGAGGAUGCUGGCGGGCUCCAGCGUGAUGUCGUGCAUCAGCUGUUUCUUCCUGUCGUUCGGCAACAGCGAGUCGGCCAUGAUCGCGCUGCUCUGCCUGUUCGGCGGGAUCAGCAUCGCCUCCUGGAACGCCCUGGACGUGCUGACGGUCGAGCUGUACCCCUCUGACAAACGGACCACGGCGUUCGGGUUCCUGAACGCGCUGUGCAAGCUGGCGGCCGUGCUGGGCAUCAGCAUCUUCCAGUCCUUCGUGGGCAUCACCAAGGCCGUGCCCAUCCUCUUCGCCUCGGGCGCCCUGGCCGCCGGCAGCUUCCUGGCACUCAAGCUGCCGGAGACCCGGGGCCAGGUGCUGCAGUAGCGGGCGGCCACCAGCAGAGGGCAGCAGAGUGGAGCCCCCCCCCCCCGCAGCGGCCACACUGUGACUAGUGCCGACCCCGAGUCCCCUCUCUCUCUCCGCCACGCCCUGCCCCGCCCCGCCCCGCCCGUCCGACCCGGACUCAUAACCCCAGGUGACCGGAGGGGCCGUUACCGUGGAAACCCUCAUCAGUUCUGCUUUUAUUGUGGGCUACAGUUCUCUUCCCUUAUCCCCUCUCUGCCACCCCCUCCCCCUCCACCCCCAAAUGUGUCCUGAAUUAAGCUAAUUGAUGUAAUUGAUGGGGGAACAGAUUGGUGCAAUAUAUUGCAGUCACUUUGGGAAUUCAGUUGCAUUGAAGGAAUAGCGGUACGGUUCAUAAAAUUAGCUUAAUUAACUCUUUCCAAACCCUCUCGCCCUGUCGGACACCGCGGUCCCGACCCCCUACAGCCGUUUUAUUUCCUUCAUAAGCAGCCUGUCUGUUUUCCAUCUGUAAAUGUUUAAUGUUGUUUGGGGGAAGACGAGUUUACAUAAGUUCACGCCAGUCUCCACGGAUACGGGCCAGCUUCCCUUUUUGUAUGUAUAAUAGGGCACAGUAUCUCCCCUAGCCACUUAGCAUAGCCAAAAUCCAAGCUAUCAAUUUCAAACAAACAAACAAGCAAACAAACAAAUGACUGAGAAAAAAAACAAAAAACCUAUAAAGCGCCUAGUGUCAAAUGUCCUUCGGGGUUAUGGGGGAGGGGAGGGGGGGGUUUGGGGGCCUUAAUUUUGAGCCAUAUAAAAUUUCUGCUUCUCUUUUCUCUCUCCACAAACACUCUGUAACUCAAAACCCAGAGAGGGAACUCUGAGGCAAGUUCCUUUCCCUUUCUCUCUCUUUCUCUUUCACUCUCUCCACCAUCAAUGCUGUUCACCCCCACCAUUCCCAAAUUAUGCUCUUACUCCCAAAGAAACCACAUCAGAUCACAUGACCCCUAGUCCAUUCUACUAUCUAACCACCUUUACAACUGCCAUUUUAUAGACUUAGAUUCUAGAACAUUCCAGUUUUACUUGCUUAGAUUUGAAAUUACGGAGCGGACAGCCAUUGGUCAGUUAAAUGUAUUGGUGGACAGCCAAUGGUCAGUUAAAUUUACUGGUGGACAGCCAUUGGUUAGAUCCCCCCAAUUUCUGCCUAUAUUGGCACCACAACCAGAGAACUUUAACAGAAACCCAAAUAUGGAAACUCCCUUAAGGAACUGAGCCAGUUUUUUUUGAAUCAAGAUUUGGGACUGCUGCUUAUUUUCUUUUUAAUUUCAGCUCUCUAAAAAUAAUUUUCAAGACAGAAAUUGCCUUCAUGUUCUGAUUUUGCACCUUUGUGAGAGAUAAGCCAUCUAUCUUAAUGUAGAUUUAACCAGUCAUUUUUCAUGUUGUCACGGAAGGGGAAGCAGCGCCAAACCCUCUGUUGGUGGAGACACAAUUAUGAAUCCCAGCCAGGUCAUGGGUUAAGCGUGUAGCCCACCUCCACAACGGUCUGUUGCAGUCCUCAUAAUGACCGCACAGCUUCUCGGUUCUGUUUAGAUGGGAGUGCAGGUGUUCAGAAUGAAAGCUGACCCUAUACUACUAAAAUGUGUACCCUACCUCCCACAUCUUCUUCUGGCAUUAGAAUUUCUUUCUUUAACGCCUUAAUUAUGCCUCUCCCUUUUACAGUACCGCUAUACGCACUUACUCACACACACUUACUCACACACACUCACGCACACACACUCACUCACGUCUCAGAACAGCUCAUUUCUUGAGUAGGCUAAAGCCAAGGCAGCUGAACUCGUAGGAUCAGGGGGUAGGGUUCUCCUGUCAGAUGACUUGGCAACAUUACAAGCGUGUCGUUAUCUGGGAUCCUGCCCAUCGCUGUAAGUCGCGGUGAGCAUGAGCCAGAGGUGAGCACAAACAGCCCCGACGCCAUUCUGCCAGCUCUCACGGGCGAUCGGGUUCUCUUUCUUCAGCUUUUUUUCUUCUUCUUCUUCUUUUAAAAAAACGUUGUGUCAGUUAUAGCUGUGUCAGGGCCGAUAUACAGUUAAACCUGUGCAGCUGAAGUUCCGGAAAUCCUCAUCUCCGCCCCCCCCCCCCCCCCUUCAACCGACCUUGCCUCAUAUGUCACAGAAUUCUGUUGAACGCACGUCAUUUUCAUUAAUUACAUUUUUGUAGCUAUUUUUAUUUAUUUUUUGGUUGUAGUUAGGUGUAACAUGUGCGUAUUCUAAUGCUAAGGCGCCAAUACUUUUUUGUAACUUACACCCACACAAGCCACACCCCCUAGUAACAGUGCCCCUCCCCCCAGCUGUGUUUUCGAGCUGAGAGGAAAGGCGACCAAUAACAGCGGACGAUCACACUCAACAAAGCACAAGGCAGUUCGGACAAACGCAGCCAAUGUAAUUUCCUUUCUUUUGAAAAUAGUGUACAAAAUUAUAUAUAUAAAUACCGAUUUAAAAGAAACGGAAAACACAAAGUCUGUGUAAAAAUAAAAAAACAUUGCUUUAGCUAUUUAAAAAAAAGGAUUAUGGACAUAAAUACAGAAAAUAAUGAAUAAAAUGUUCCACUUUAGUUUCUGUAACACAGUAGCAAGACUAUUAGUUUUAGAUAGUUUUACAUGUGAUAUAUGUAUAUAUUUUGAUUUAUUUAUUUAUUGACGGUGGGUUAAAAUGUGUUUUAAAACAAGAAUCUAUUUUAUUGAUAUGCAGUGACUGCAUAUGUUUUCGUCCUUAUUGUCUUUCAUGUUUUUGCCAAGAAACUAGUCAGCAAACAUGUUAAUAUGUAAGGAUCUGUGAGCGUGUGUGUAUUUGGGUGUGUGUGUGUGUGUGUGUGUGUUUGUGGGUGUGUGUUUCUGCGCGCAUGCGUGCGUGUUCAUGUGCGACGCAGAGCGAGUAUGUGCAUAUGCGUUUGUUUGAAUGUAUGUCGAAUGUGUACAUUUAUUAAAUGUAUACAGAUUUCAAUUUUUUUGAAAUGGUAAUGCCGAUCUGAGAUCUGGUUGUUGCUUGUUCAGAGGAGGAAACGUAGUAAAAUUAUUUUACUUAUGAUGUUGUGAUCAGAUCUGAAUUCUGAGACAGAGAAACAAAGUGCAGGGUUAUUUGAGAGCUCCCAUUGGCUAUUUCUCACAGGUAAUCACUCUACAGGAGUAUUUUUAUAUAUAUAAAGUAAUCACACGUGUGUGUGUGUGUGUGUGUGUGAGCGUCUGCGUGUGUUUGCGCGUGUGCCUAUAGGAUUGCAGGGUAAUUACAAAAUAAGGGUCUGGAAAAACAGUAUGCAGUGUCAAACCCUGUUGCGUGUGGACGGCAGCUAAGCCUGAGUAAAAAAUAUCAAGCGUUUGGGCCGAAAUACUGAGAUUUUGGAACUUCUGAGAGAAGCCAGAGCACAACUCUGUGCGGAAGUUUUAGCAAACUAUUUUAGGCACAACACAUUAAGAUGACCAAAACAGGCCAGCUCAACUGGUCUAUUGAUUGACUUAACCAAACAGAACCCUCUCACCUGGACCUGCGCUUACUGUCUCUCAGUUGUACUAUUAUGAUUUAACCCUUUGAAGAGUAUGUUUCUUUGGAAUGUUUUUUUUUCCCCAAAAUUCCAAGUCGGUGUUCUAGAACUCCUUUGCUUUCAAUUACCAGUAGUGAGCCUUACAUCGGCAUUACAUUAGAAUGUUCAGUUAACAUUCUAAUGACAUAUUUGUGAUCUCACACCUUAAAGGGUUAAAAGCACACCCAGGUCAAUGCUAUUAGCUACAAAACAAACUAUAUAUAUAUAUAUAUAUAUAUAUAUAUAUAUAUACAGCUCUGUACAUUUUUUUUUUCUGUUGGUUUAAAAAUUUGUGACAGGGAGAGCGAAGCGUGGUUAAGAAGGUUUGUUUUUGUUUGUUUCCUGGUUGAGUAGAGGGCUGGUUGUUGCAGGCGUGGUGGUCCCUGAAGCUUUUUAAGCAGAUUACACAAGGCACCGAGGCAUGGCACUCACUUUCAGUUACCGUGCAAAAAUUUGUGUUCUCUCGUACAUGUUAGUGCCUCACUCCUCGAGUCCUAGGGUUUUGGUGUCCCCAAACAAGAGUGUUGUGGCCCCUCAAAAAAUGUGUAUUGUGUGGCCCAGGGAUGGUUGAGGCCCUAAACGACCUCAUAGAGUCUUUGAAUCAGACGCCGGCCCUGCUCCCUCUACAGCGUUCUGAAUAAGAGGCAAAUAUUUCAGAUUGUAUAGAGGCAGGGGGUUUUUUUUGUUGUUGUAGGGCCUCCAGGCAUUGUGGUUUGAGCAGAGGAAAGUUUUUAUAGGCAGACACCUGGUUGUAUUUUACUACCUAAAUUGGCUCGAAUCUGUCCUGGUCAGGAAUUAACGCGUGCACAGCCGUUAUACUUUCAAACGAGACGCACAAAAAAACAGCGACAGUUCUUCGGUCUUUUAGAUAUAAACCAUACAACUACCUGACAAACACCAUAGGGCCUACCAGUGAAUGAGGAAACAUAUCGGAUUGCAAAAAAUCUGAAGUAUUUCUAAAAUGCAAUAUCACAUUCAUAAAAAGUUUACGGAAGAAAACGAACGAACGACAUUUAAUAGCACAGUACCCCACACAUGGUUAAAUAUGCUUCAACAAUUAACUGAAAUGACAGAUUUACGGUCUUAAUGACACUAACCUUUCAACGUGUUACUUCGGGCCUUACUGCCUUAUACUUAAACAUUCUUUAGAGUGGAAGCAGGGUCAGAGUACCUAGCAGAGAAACGGACGCUAAAGUUCUCAGAAAUCGCAAUUCGACAGAGCGGGCGUCGAACAAGCACAAACGGAGAUCCAUGUUUUCACGUACCAACACACACAAAGGGCUCAGAGUCGGCUAAUGUCCUUCGUUAAUCCCAAAACGUCCGUGCUACCAAGUGCUUGAUUCCUGUACACAAUGGCGAUUAAAUGAACACAACGGUUACGGUAGUGACCAAAGGCUAGCGCUAACUAACUGAUUAUGUGGUUGCCGUCGGCAACACUUGACAACAUUAACUUAGGCCUUUUAUUUCAAUAAGGGGUGUUAAAAUAGGGUUAAGUCACACUGUGACAUAUCCACAUGUUGCUACCAGACAGGUGGACAAAAUGUUACACUAAUCUUAUUCUUGUGUGUCUCCAACACAAUGAUAUCGCCCAGUCUGCCUUAACCAUACUUUAAUAACCCCGACUGGUUUCAGACUAGAGCACAAUUAAUCACGAGCCAGAGUGCUGCCAUGGCGACAGCCAGCCCUCCCAACCAACUUGUCACAGAUGGUGUAGUGACAAUCAGUAUGCGUGUCGUGUGUAAUGUGUGUCGUUGUGAAUUUGCCAAAUAUUUUUCUACUUCUUUGUUUCUGUCCUGGUUCCCUCCUUCCGAAAGACGGCUCAAUGCAGAAAGAAAAAAACAAAACAACAUAUCUACGGAAUUGCAAAUGAGAAUUAAAAUAAUGCAAUAGUUGUAGGCGACAAUGUGACAUCCUUUAAUGGUACUGAGCUGGGGAGUGGAGCUCUUUUUAGUGAACAGACCUGGCGAACGAGCAAUCAUAAACGACGGUCGUUUCUCUUUGCGCAACAUGGCAAAAAGAGACGGUUUUCUUCUAAGGCUUCUGUUUAAAAAAAAAAAAAAAAAAAAAAUAGCACACAAGGCUGUUGAUGUGUCUUAUUGACCAGCUAGCCACAAAGAACAAUAGAGCUGAUUUAACAGGAUCAAGGUGUUUCAUAAAAUUUGAACAGGUCGGUUAUGGCAUGUUUCUAAUAUCCUUAAUGAGGAGAAACCUGCCAAAAUGGCCAGGCUGUGUUCAGACGAAUACCUUCCAAUUCCACAUACUCGCCGUCAGAUGAGAUUAGCCUGUCGGUCAGUGCAGCAUGCUCCUGUUGAGUGCGUCCUGUGUAUCGUCUAAAAUGCCCGCCUGUCAAGACCGGAUCGGGCGUAUAUGUAUGUGUAUUGCUGUCGUGCGGUGUGAUAUCGAUCUCUUCGUGAUGAUUGUGUAAUGAAUCUCUGUGGAGCGUUUUGGCGGUUCUGUCUCUCUUGAAUUUAAGCAGCUGUAGUCUUAUCGUCCGUGUAGCUGUGAAGGUUGCUACUCGCCGUUUCUCCGUCAUUUUUUUUGCUUUGAUUUGUUUUGUGUUUUUUUUUUUUUUUGUAACAGAGUAACGGUCGAGUAACAGCCACACGCAAAGUAACGUUACAGGCAAUCAAAGCAAUAAGAUGUCACGUGGUCGCUUGCUCAGUGACACUCGCGCUGCAGUAUAGCGAACCACCGCUUUCAAUGUAAAAAAAAA